GAAACGACAUCGAUGUUAGCCAUGGAUUGGUGUCGUCCUUACCUCUGAAGGCGGAGGAACCCGCAAAAACGCAGAGACCACCGCCACCGCAGAAACGCAGAGAGCGCCUUCAGAGGACGCGGAGGAGAUGCUGCUGCUAAGCCAAGCUCCGACCGGGGCUCUGUCCUUCAAGAGCUGCUGCUGCUCCUCCACCGCUUCUUCUCCCUCCUCCUCCGCCGCCUCCAUCGCCUUCGCCGCCCCUCGCCCCCCUCUCUUCUCCAACCGCCGGCCCAACUUCUUCUCCCGGGCCCACCCCUCGAGGCCCCCCUCCUCCUCCUCCUCCAGGCUCGCCCUCGCCAAGGCCGACGACGCCCUCGACGCGGUCCCUCCGGCUGCCAGGGAGGCCCCGCUAGCUCCCCCUCCCCCGUUCGAUGGCGUCGGCGGCGGCGGCGCCGUCUUCGCGGGUCGGGAGGGCGUUCCCCUCGAGGGCGUCAUCCAAUUGGAGAAGCCGAGCCCCGCCUCCCGUUUGAAGAAAUGGGGACGGGUCGGGUUGCUUGCUGGUGGGGAUGUCGUGGCUUUGCUUGUGUUCGCUGCAAUUGGUAGGUUCAGUCAUGGGUUCCCGGUUUUCGACCUCGAGACUCUGCGAACCGCCGACCCUUUUGUUGCCGGCUGGUUUUUGGGUGCUUACUUCCUCGGGGGCUAUGCUGGUGAUGGUCGUGGCGAGAAUGGUCUGUCUAAGGCAGUCCUCUCUACUACCAAAUCAUGGGCUGUGGGAAUUCCACUUGGAAUAGCUAUAAGGGCUGUGUUAUCAAGCCACAUUCCUCCUUACAAUUUUAUCUUAGUUACAAUGGGAAGCACUGGUGUUUUGCUUAUUGGCUGGAGGACGCUGUUACUUAGUGUUCUCCCAAAUGAUAAGAGCAAGAAGAGCGAUGUCUAUAGACGUGGAAGCCCAUUUGAACUCUUUGAGCUGCUCACAUCAUUAGUGCGAAGGUGGUGAUGGGAAAUCUACUUUGUGCACGUUGCAGCUUCUGUAUCUAUACCUAUUUUUUUAAUGUAUAUCUUUAAGCAUCACAAAGAGGAAAGAGUCGCUGCUUUCUUAGCCGACGACCAAUUUUGAAGAUUGUUUGAGCUCCAUGUAAGGGCUGAAUGGAAUCUCUGAGAAAGUAGUGUUAAUGAAUAAUUAUUUCAUCAA